AUGGAUCAAGAAAGGGCGAAGUUUCCUUACUGGAAUCGUGAACUUCCAGUUGAUGCGCGGGUGGAUGACCUUCUCGGGCGCAUGACUGUGGAAGAGAAAGCCGCCUUAUUGUUUCACGACAUAAUCUUUAUGGGAAAGGACGGCGAGCUCGCCGAUGCCGUGCCUUCAUUCGACAUGCUCAGCAACAUGGACUUGGUGACCAAAAAGAUGAUCUCGCACUUCAAUGUUUUGGGUCCCAUUGAAGAUGCGCGCCGCGCAGCUCAAUGGUACAACAAUAUCCAGCGUGAAGCACUUAACACACGGUUGGGAAUACCCAUCACUCUGUCUAGUGAUCCCCGCAACCAUUUCACGGACAAUGUCGGUACCAGUUUCAGCGCCGGCAUCUUCUCGCAGUGGCCAGAGUCCCUGGGGUUUGCAGCUCUCCGUGAGACCUCAUUGGUCGAGAGGUUUGCUGACAUCGCUCGCCAAGAGUACCUAGCCGUUGGUCUACGCGUGUCACUCCACCCGCAGGUAGAUCUAGCCACCGAGCCACGCUGGGCUCGGAUCAAUGCUGCGUUUGGCGAAGACGCCCAUUUGACGUCCGAGUUGGUCGCGGCGUAUAUUCGGGGCUUCCAGGGAGUAGAACUGGGACCGAAUUCUGUUUCCACCAUGACCAAACAUUUCCCUGGAGGAGGUCCCCAGAAAGAUGGCGAAGACCCACAUUUUGAAUAUGGGCGGGAGCAGGUAUACCCUGGAGAUCACUUCGAGUACCACCUAGAGCCGUUCAAAGCAGCCAUUGCAGCCGGGACAGCACAGAUAAUGCCCUAUUACGGCAUGCCUGUCGGUACUCAGUACGAAGAAGUUGGCUUUGCAUAUAACAAAGCCAUAAUGACUCAAUUGCUACGCGAAGAGCUCGGGUUUGAGGGCAUUAUCUGCACAGACUGGGGCCUCGUCACGGAUAAGAAGAUCCUAGGUCAAUUCAUGCCAGCUCGAGCGUGGGGAGUAGAGCACCUCACUCGGCCGCAACGAAUUCAACGACUUCUAGAGGCUGGCUGUGAUCAGCUAGGUGGAGAGUCUUGUCCUGAGCUACUUCAAGAUCUUGUUGCUCAAGGUGACGUGUCCGAGCUGCGUCUAGAUCAGUCUGUUCGGCGCCUGUUACGAGAAAAAUUCAUCCUGGGGUUGUUUGACCAGCCAUUCAUUGAUGAAGACCAGGCAGAGCACAAUGUGGGAAACUCGGAGUUUUGUAAACUUGGAAACAUCACACAGAGACGCUGCUACACGCUGCUCACAAAUAGGGAGCAAUGCCUUCCUCUGGCAACUCCUCAGGAUUUGAAAUUCUAUAUCGAAGGAAUAUCUCGGGAAGCUGCUGCAGAGCGCGGCAUGAACGUUGUUAUAGACCCGGGUGAAGCAGAUGUUGCUCUUCUGCGACUGAAGGCGCCGUACGACCAACGAGCCGGUACUUUCGAGGCCUUGUUCCACGCCGGUUCGUUAGAAUUUAGCCAGGAGGAAAAAUCGCGCCAAGCCAAGAUUUACCAGACGGUACCGGUGACCAUCGUCGAUAUCUACAUGGACCGACCGGCGAUCAUACCGGAAAUUGUCGACCAGGCCACCGCAGUCUUAGUCAGCUACGGAAGUUCGCCCGAUGCUUUUCUGGACAUCAUUUUCAAUGUUUAUCAGCCAGAAGGCAGGCUGCCAUUCGAUAUCCCGUCGUCCAUGGAGGCCGUACAGCAGUCGAGAUCAGACGUGCCAUAUGAUACCGCGGACCCUCUUUUCCGUUUCGGGCACGGACUGACAUACUGA